GUGUUGUUAACAGUAUUCAUGUUCGAUAAAGAACAAUUCAACAGAUCAGAGGAAGUAUGGAGGACAAUCAGUGGUUACAGUUUCAGGUUCUCAGGAGCCAUCAGAUCUGGAUGUUUCUCUGGUUCUGUUCAGAUCCAAUCGGGGCCUCCAACGUCUCACCUCAUCUUUGCAGUCUAAAAUCAGCCCAGCAGCCUCUACCGGAGCUCAGCGGGUUCAUUUGUCCACAAUCAGAGGAAGGGGAAGAGGGGCUGGGGGGAAGCUCAGGAACAAACAGGAAGCAGAGAUAAUGGGACACAGGUGGCAGGAAUUAGACUGCACCAGAGAGGGGGAGGGUAGCGGAAUCACUCCCAGCCUCAUCACUGAUCUGCAUGUGGAACAAAUUAUCCUCAUCUCUGCUCCUGGAGGAUCUGCUCCUGCUUUCACUCACAUGAACAUCAUCUUUACUGUCAGGCUUUCCAGAUAUGAAUCAGCUGCUGUGUUAACCUCAUUUUUAUUGUUUAUUGCUGUGAGGUGAGCAGGCAAGCUUUUUUGUUAAAUAAAAGCCCCAAACAGGUUUAUUCCGGUCCAAAUUGCGGUUCUUUGGCGUCUCUAAAAUAUCGUUGACCCGUUUCUCCUCCUCCAAGAUGGCGGCGCCGCUGACGUAUCCCUCCGGAAGCUCUCACUCUGGGGUCCGGCGGAAGUUUAGCUUCUGCUAGCAGUUAGCUUCCUUUGUGCGGCCCGAGCAGGCAGAGACGGUGGUUCUGUUGGACCGGAGCGGAACAUCCGAGCUGCGGCAGUAACAAUGUGUUCCGUCCAGCCUCUGAGAGACUUCAUCCGGGAGAGACUGACCGCUGCGGCCGAGGAGAUCUUCUCCGAGGUGGAGAGGACCAUCGGCCGCUUCGAGGAGGAGCUGGACGCGCAGCGCAAGCUGCUGGCGGUGUGCCUGAAGCCGCAGGUCCGGCUGCACAGGAUCGAACAUCUUCAGCACCACGUUUGUAAGGAGGAGGUUCUAACGGGCUACGAGAGUACCUGCAGUCUGGACCGGGCCGAACCAGAACCUCUACGCAUCAAAGAGGAGCAAAUGGAACCAAACCACAUUCUGAUCAGACCCGACCCAGAAGAACCAGAACCUGCACAGCUCACAGAGACUCUGCCGGAACCAGGAGCUCCACAUGUAGGAGAAGCUGCGGAGGAACCAGAACCUUUCCAGAACCUGGACGAUCAGGAGGUUCUGUCAGAACCAGACAGGCCUCAGAUCAUCGAUGACCUGGGUGAGCUUGAAUACCUGGACUUUGACGAGUACCUGGACGACCCGGAAAGUCCGCAGAUCAUGGAUGACCUGGAAGAACCAGAACUUCUAGAAACAGAACACGGCCUGGAAGAACCAGAACCGCAGAACAGAACCAGGAAAGUGGAGUUCUGGACCCGACACGAUGAUGAGGGUCUGCUGCUGAGGAAGGAGUUUGAUACCUUCGUGCCUCGACAGAGAAAAUCCAAAACCGAAGAACCGGUACCAGGUUCUGACAGCCUAGCAGAAUUCCAACAGAACUACAUCUCUGGGGAGGAGGUUCUGGCUGAGCAGGAACAGAACUUCAGUCUGGACCUGAAGGUACCGGACCAUCCUCAGAUCAAACAGGAACAGGAAGAAGUUGGAUCCGGUCAGGCCGGACAGAGACCGGAGACCGACAUCUUCAUGGUGACGGUGAACUACGACGAGAGUGAGCACAGCGAGCCAGAACCCAGCAGCUCCCAGCAGUCCGAAGACUCCGACGAACCCAAACCGUUCGUCUGCAAGACGUGUGGCAAGAGGUUCUCCAACAUGUUGCUGCUCCACGACCACCGGGACACCCACCAGAAGGAGAAACCCUACUCCUGCCAGCUGUGUACACGGCGGUUCGCCCGGCGGGACUCUGCCUUCCGCCACAUGAUCACCCACACGGGUGAGAAGCCCUUCCCCUGUCAGAUCUGUGGGGAGAAGUUUGGCCUCAACAGCCACCUGCUGCGCCACCUGAGGAGGCACACGGGCGAGAAGCCCUUCUCCUGCCACAUCUGCCACAAGCGCUUCAGCCAGAGCAACACCCUGACCUGCCACGUCAGGACCCACACGGGCGAGAAGCCGUACCCCUGCAGGGUGUGUGGAAAGGGUUUCGUCAGGCGCAGCGCCAUGAACAUCCACAUGAGGAUGCACACCGGAGAGAAACCCUUCACCUGCAAGGUGUGUGACAAAACCUUCAGUCGGGGGACAGGGCUGAGCUACCACAUGAGGACCCACACUGGAGAGAAGCCGUACUCCUGCAAGCUGUGUGGAAGAACGUUCCGGCAGUCCAGCCACCUCAUGUGUCACAUGAAGAACUUUCACCUGGACUGGACCCGAGAGAAGAGGUCUCGGUCUCAGAUAGAGGAGGAGGUCUAGAUCUACCAUAGAGAGCAGAGGUCUAGACCCAAGAUCAAUAUGAAGUUUAUCCUUUGCAUAAUGAGUCAAAUUGAACCUGGUUCUGAUUGAACCCAGUUCUGAGACCAAAUGGACUUACAGUGGUCUCUACUGGGGGCCCAGGUGAACCAGAACCCAUAUAGCACGUCAUCGUGCCCAUUAGGCGGUGCUGUUAGCAACAGUGUUAGCAUAGCUACAUAUGCUACCUUCACCACAGAGAGGGAGAUAUGGCAAACCUGUUUAUCAUAUAAUUAUGUUGGAUUCUUAAUCAUUACUGAGUUGUUAAUGUUCUCCUGGUCAACAUGUCAGAACCUCCAGUCUUCCAGUUCCUCCAAGUCCAGAUUUCUGCUGAUCAAACUGCAGCAGAGGAUCGACGAUCACCAACCUCCACGUUCCUCUGGACCGACCAGGUGAGCUCGUCGUCGGGUCCACCUGUCCUGCUGCGGGUCACAUCUGAGCAUCACUAGUUUGGUUCUGGUUCAGUUGGACCCGAAUGACCGGAGUGGUGAGCUUGUAGACUUCUAGCUGUGGAGCUCUAAGAUCAUCGUUCAACUCGAUCAGAGAGACGGACAAAUGAUUCAGAUAUUUCCAAAGUUUGAGGCUCAGCAGGAAGUUAUGAAAUGUUUCAGUGAAGAAAGGAGCCGUGGUUCCGGUACCAGACAGUGGAGAACCUCCAGUCAUCCACAGCUUACAGUUUGUAUAAAUAAAUGUAAAUAAUGACCAGCCCUGAAAGGUGGUCCAGUUGGACCCUAGAACCAGAACCAGCACACAUUCAGGUCAGGGGAACCGCCCAAGGUGGUUCUGCUCUGCUGACACUAAUCUGGCCAGAACCAGGUUCUGCUUCUGACCUGUUUACAUUGACAUUCCUGUCUCUGAGGCAAAUGGACUGAACCAGAACCGGACUCACUCAUUUAUACCCCAGACAUCAGGAGGCAACCUGGGGUUAAGUGCCUUGUUCAGGGUGGCAGGAGGAAGCUGGAACCGAACCGAGCCUGACCUGCAGCGCUACGCUAACACCCUGAGCGCUCAUCGGUCUGAAGCCCCGCCCCUUCCUGCCUCGACUCCCCACAGAGCCGAGCAGGACCGGCAGAUGGGUCGGUUCCUGCAGCAGAACCUCUACAGGAAUGAAUGUCUAGGAGAUGACGUGGACCUCUGGACUCACAAAGCCAUGAACAGGUUCGGACCUCCAACCCGGCUGGGAACCAGAACCUGACAUCCAGGUACAGAGAAGAGAACAAACAUGAUGGUGGAUAAAUUCUACAAAAUAACUUUCAUGAUGCCGAGUCAGAACCGGGUUGGAACCGGGUCUGAGCCGAGUUGGAUCCUGGUCUGAUCCGGGUCUGAGCCGAGUCGGAUCAGAGUCGGAUCCGGGUCUGAGCCGAGUCGGAUCCGGGUCGGAUCAGAGUCAGAUCCGGGUCUGAUCCGGGUUGGAACCGGGGAUCGUCGGCUGACGGUUUCAGUGUAAUAUCAUCAGUUCUGGUUAAAUGUUUUCUGUCUGGCCUGGAGGUCAGGAAGGCUUCAGCUCAUCAGGACUUUGGACCCAGCAGAACCGAUCCUGUCCUGAUGAGCCUAGAAACCCGAGCCGCUCUUUGGACAGUAAUGGCUGCCCACAGGCUGUGUUGGUCUCCGUGGCAACCAGCAGACGGUGUGUUUUAUUGUGUGGGUGGUUCCUUCAGAAAUGCUCCAGUAGAAGCUGCAGGUUCUGUUUUAAUCUGGACCCGUUUCAGUGAAAACUCAGAAAGUUCUGGAUAUCCUAUCUGGGUUUCUAGGACCGAAGCUGGAGCAGCUCCUCCAGAGACGCUCAUUCAAAUAUUUAAACCUUUAUUCCAUCCAGUUUCUUUACAGAGGACUCUGAAUGUUUUCUAUCGUGUGCCUGUUCUAAUAUUUAGCCUCUAUGUUUCUGAUUGUAUUCAUGUGAGCUCUGGUAUGUGUUCUACUCUAGAUGUUCUGGUUCUGUGCUGUAGAACAUCUCUAGAAAUAAAGUUUGUGGAGAAGUUGGACACUAA